GUGUUUCCCGUGUGCCGACCUUGUUUACUUGCCGAGACGCCGCUGCAGUUUCCUCCCGUGCGAGAAAAACCGCAAAAUGGUCUCGAUUUUACCAUAAUGUUGGGGGGAUCGACAUCUGCGGACACCAUAGGGCUCCGAGAAGAUGGUCUGGGCGGAGAAAGACCCCGCGCUGCUUCCUGGGGAUCAAAUACGUUCUGCGUUUUCCAACAAGUUGCACUGCUAGCGAGCGGCUGCGGCUGCGGCUGCUCUAAGCCGUUUAACCGCUGCCCGAGCUGCUGCUAGCUCGCUCGCUCGCUCGCUCGCUAACUGACUCGGACUAUCGGGUCUUCUCUCGGCUAGACCCUCGAGCCAGCUCGCGGUCGCUGAUUUCGGACAUUUAUUUCGCGGUGGAUUCUACACGCGUCCACAUACCCGCUUUCAACGAUGGACGAGGCAUCCCCACCGUCUCUGAUUGACCUGUGCCUGUCACUGGUGAGCUCCAGGCUGGAGCUGUUCUGUGUAAAGCUGGCCGAUGGCUCGCUGUGCCUACGUGAACCUCUGAUCUUCCCUCAGGAGCUUGCUGAUCAACUGCUCUGCAAGAUGGCCACAGAAGGCUUGCUGAAUGACAGUACGGUGGGGAUUUUCCGCAGCUGCCAGCAGCUUCGCCUGCGGCGUGCCUGCAUCCGCACUGCCCGCAUCUCAGCAGAAGCCUUCCAGCGUGCCCUUUGCCCCCACAGGCUCCUGGAGCUGGACGCCUCACGGGUCAACGCUGACCUCACCAUCACUGACAUCCUGCGUGGCCUCUCUGCUAACAAGGGUCUGCGAGAAACCCUGCAGAGACUGGUUCUAAAUGGCCUGACCAUGUCGUCACUGGAGGAGCCCAGUCGCCGCUGCUUCAGCUCACUGCAAGGCCUGCGGGCCCUCAGCAUCUCCAACGUAGACUUCUAUGACUCAGGCCUGGCUGACGUGUGUUCACUGCCCCGCCUGGAAAGCCUGGACAUCUCCAACACAUCAGUGACCAAUCUGACGCCAUUGCUAGGGCUUAAGGCUAAGCUCCGCUACCUCACCAUGCAUCAGCUCAAACGACUGGAGAUGACUACUGCCCAGCUGCUGGCCGUCCUUAGCCAGCUGGAGGGCUUGCAGCACCUGGACAUCUCUGACGAUAAGCAGUUCACGUCAGACGUGGCACGCCAGCUGCUGGAGACUCCCGGCAUCCUCCCAGCACUGGUGUCUUUGGAUGUUUCGGGCCGGAAGCAGGUGACCGACACGGCAGUCAGAGCUUUUGUGGAGGAGAGGCCAGGCAUGACUUUUAUGGGUCUGUUGGCUACAGACGCAGGAUUCUCUGAGUUCCUGUCUGGAGAAGGCAGCUUGAAGGUGACGGGAGAGGCCAAUGAGACUCAGAUUUGUGAGGCUCUGAGGCGCUACAGUGAGAGGGAGGGCUUUGUUAGAGAGGCGCUCUUCCAUCUCUUCAGCCUCACACACGUGAUGGAGAAAGCUCGGCCUGACAUCCUCAAACUGGUGGCAUUGGGGAUGAAGAACCACCCCACCACUCUGAACGUGCAGUUGGCAGCAAGCGCAUGUGUCUUCAACCUCACCAAACAGGACCUGGCCUUCGGCAUGCCUGUGCGUCUCCUCGGCAGCGUCACUCAGCUGCUCCUAGAGGCCAUGAAGACCUUCCCCAACCACCAACAGUUGCAGAAAAACUGCCUUCUCUCUCUUUGCAGUGACCGCAUCCUGCAGGAGGUUCCCUUCAACAGGUUUGAUGCAGCUAAGCUGGUCAUGCAGUGGUUAUGUAACCACGAAGAUCAAAACAUGCAGAGAAUGGCAGUGGCCAUCAUAUCCAUCCUCGCUGCCAAGCUGUCUACUGAGCAAACAGCACAAUUGGGAGCAGAGCUGUUUAUUGUGAAGCAACUGCUGCACAUCGUGCGUCAGAAGACGUCUCAGGGCACAGUGGACGCUACAUUAAAGUUCACACUCAGUGCCCUGUGGAACCUGACUGAUGAGUCACCCACCACCUGUAGGCACUUCAUAGAGAACCAGGGCUUGGAGCUCUUCAUCAAAGUGUUAGAGUCUUUCCCUUCAGAGUCUUCCAUUCAACAGAAGGUCCUCGGCUUAUUGAAUAACAUAGCUGAGGUGGGAGAGCUGCACGCGGAGCUGAUGGUGCAGGGCUUCCUGGAUCAUAUCCGCUCUCUGCUGCACAGUCCUGAAGUGGAGGUGAGCUAUUUCGCUGCAGGAAUUCUGGCCCACCUUACUUCGCGUGGGGAAACCGUGUGGACCCUGGACCUGCCACUCAGAGCCACACUGCUGGAGCAACUGCACUCAGCAAUUCUGAAGUGGCCCACACCAGAAUGUGAGAUGGUGGCCUACAGGUCAUUCAACCCUUUCUUCCCCCUGCUGGAGUGCUUCCAGACUCCCGGGGUUCAGCUGUGGGCAGCCUGGGCCAUGCAGCAUGUGUGCAGCAAGAACGCUGCUCGGUACUGCAGUAUGCUGUUGGAGGAAGGAGGACUGCGGCAGCUGGAGGCGGUUCGGUCACAUCCAGAUACGCACAGUGAUGUUAGGCGUUUGGCCGAGAGCAUUCUGGACAGCCUUCAUCGCCACCGAGCACGUACAGGCUACACAGGAGCAACACAGGCACACACGCACAGAGAGAGAGAUGUUCCAUGACCUGGAUAGGACUUCACUGGUUUCAGGAUGGCACACAGUGUACUUACCUGGAAACUCUGUGUGUGUGUGUUUGUAUGUUUGUGUGUGUUUGUAUGUGUCUGUGUGAAUUGUCAAAUGUCCUCCUCUCCCUCAUGCUCUCUUCCACCUCCAGCGAGGGGCAUCUGGGGGAGAGUUACAGGCGUUUGUUUGCACAAAGCAAGUUAUUUAUUAUUUUUGUCUUUUCUCUGUUUAGGAAUAAGCAAUUUUAUUUUAGCAUUUCUGUUACUAGAAAAUAUUCGGGUAGAAAGGGGCAGCGACUAAAGGGAAUAGCAUAGCAGGCUGGGAAGCGCGUGUGUGUGCGCGAGUGUGCAUGCCCGCAUGUACUCAAAGAGCAUGCUUUAGUUCCUCUGGAUGCUUCAUAUGCAUAGCUGGAUGGAUUUGAUUUCAAACGCAGUUUAUUCCCUUCAGAGUGAAGCUGGUCUGACAGAUACUCGUCCCUUUGGACGCAAAUGGCAAUAAAUCUUGGUCAACCAUACAGAUGAGUAACAGUAUAUGAAUAUUCAAUUUUUGUCCUUUGAGAGUGUUUAUUGCUAAAUGUUUAUACUUCCAUGUAAGUAGACGUGUGCAUGUAUGUGCGUGUGUUGGCGCGUAUGCUUGAGUGUAUGGCCGAGUAAUUAAGUUGUAAUUUCUUUGUACUUGUCGGAAUUUGACAGCAUGAGAAGUUUGAUGCGAAAGUAUCUAUUUUUUUAUAUACUGUACACUGUACUGUAUAUGGUAUCUACUGUGGCAGAUGUGCUGUUCUAAAGAGUGCUAUGCUGUGUUGCACGCAAAGAAAUAAUGCUAGCCUAUACUUAGGUUUUAAUGUUGUGAGCAAAAUGGUACAAAAGAAGAAAAAUAAAAGCCAAAUUUGAUUUUUGAGGAUUAUCCAGCGAGCGUCAGAGGCAGAUGCUGGGUCGGAGGCCGUUGAACCCUGAACUUCACUCUUCAUUAUUGCACAGUUCCUAAUGACCUUUUCAACUGGUCAGUCAGACCUCUUGUUGGGCAGAUGUUGCUGCUCUUGUGCUUAGAGAGACCGUGCAGCGAUCUGUGACACCGGACCUGAUAAGGAUGCCUUUAUUUAACAUCCAGAGAUGCUGGGGAUUCCACCUUACAAAGUUCCUAGAGGAAGAAUCCUGACUUACUGUGACCACCACUAUCCCACCUCUGGUCAUGAGGGAAUCCGCUCGUCACCCUGAUGUCUCUUCCAUGGGAAAUCAUAACAGCUCAAGUCUUGCACGUUGUCUUCUCUCUAGAACCGUUUGAUAGUUAAACAUUGAGUGUUCAUGUCAUUAGAUCAAAUAAGAUGUUCAUAGACAAGUGAAACUUGUCCUGAGGAAGAAAAAUUGUUUACCUUGUCACCUCUGCUUCGUCCCAUCUUUAAGCCAACGAACACUUCAGACUGCUUUUCCUUUCUAUUUCGAUUUUAUGAUAGUACGUAUGUAUGCUUCCUUUUGCUGCAUGGAGUUUUUAUUUUCAGCAGUUUUUCUUUAAAAUGAUGUAUGAUGUGGGGCCAUGUACUUGACCAUGAGGAAGCCUGUAAUUCAGAUAACACUAGAAAAAAACACUCGUUAUUGUGGAUCAUACAGAGAACCAGACUGAUAUCACGUAAAAACUAAUUCUUUCCCAUUUAAUUCCAUUCGGUUUAGCGUGAGGUUUUUGACAGUAUGUCCAGAAGAUACAGUGGACAAUGAAAAUGGCUGCAGGUAUAAUUAUAUGUGUAGAUCUAUUUUUUUAGAGACCAGAGAUUUAUUGGCUGAUCCAUUGUGUGAUAGUUACAGAUUUCAGGGUAACACACCACACUUUGUUACUUGGCAUGCUACUUAUUAGGUUAUCCUAGAUUGGUCUUCAGUUGUUCUUACAUUGGAUCAAGAAGCCUUACUAACUUACAUUUACUUCAUUUCCUAUUUGUUUAGCCACUGAAUAAUGGUUCUAAACAUUUUAUAUAGAUCCACUGGGUGUAGUAAUGUCACCACCAUACCUGAACUACAGACCAUCUCUUUACACAUGCACUUUGUGUUUUAAUAUUUCGAAGAGUUCAUUUUUUACAAGUCUAUAUGUGCAACCAAUGCAAACUAGACAAAAAGUUCUGUUAAAACUGCCAACCAUCAGAAAUGUCCACUGGCCUCUAUAAAUUUCUUUUGGCUUUUUUUUUUUCUUUCUAAUCUCUAUCAGCUGCAUGUAGUGUUCAGUCAACUACAGUGAACAGAAAACCUGUUCAUUUCCAACACUACAGGAUGCCAAUAUGCGAAUAGGAACACUGACUUCAAUUAUAAGGUGUCAGCAGAUUUUCUGUUCUUGUCUAAGUGCAUCGAAGCCUGUUAAAAUGACUGUUUACUGUUACUACAGAAGUGAGGUUGACAAACACUGGGGUAUUUCUUUAAAGCUUAAUUCACUUCAGGCAUUCUGACUGCACUUUGAGAACUCCACUGGCCUUUUUUUCACAGUGUAAAGAAUACAAAUACACACACACACACACACGUUUAUUCACCAAGCUUUGAACCUAAUGCAACAGACUGCCAGCGUAGUAGGACCAAAUCCAGAUUCCAUGGUCUAUGAGAUUACCCAUCUCUGAAACCAACAUAAUUGGUACAUGGCCCCUCAUAAAAUCCUGUGCACUAUAGUAGUAGUAGUAGGUUUUUUCUGUUUGUUUUUUUCCACCAACUUUGAGGAUGUGGGGUGGGAGCCUGUCCAGAUCAAGCUAAAGCAUACUGCUUCCUCAGAUUCCCAUCAUAUGCAAACCAUGUUUCCUGAAUAAAGAAUGUAAACCUA